UCGUCGACAUACUCCUCGUCAUCGUCAUCGUCGUCGACACCGACAUCGACAUCGCCGUUCACCAGCGAUUGCAUCCAUUUCGACCAACCGAAUAUCCUGCUUUUUCUUCGUUCCCACGUCGUUCGUUCGUGCGUUCGUGCGUUCGUGCGUUCGUGCGUUCGUUCGUUCGUUCGAUCGACUUUGCCGUACGUUCAUCCACUCGCAACAUAGCCAUAGAUUAUCCGGUGAAAAAGAAGACACGAAUCUCGGAAUUAGGAUGGGCGGCGGAGAAUGGAGCGGCUGGUUACAACGAUGUCGAGAAUCGCGAAGAUUGGUUCUCGUGAUCGUGGCCAUUGCUCUGCUCUUGGACAACAUGCUUCUGACAACGGUUGUGCCCAUUAUACCGGAAUUUCUGUACGAUAUCAAACAUCCCAAUGCAACCUUGAGCGAACAUCUCGAAGGGGGUAGUGGUUCGCGUGCAACGACUUUCACUGGUAUACAACCAACGAGUAGCGAUAUAAUCGCGUCUAUUAGCUCCGACGUAACCACCACGCCGAAAUGUCCCUGUGCCCCGAGCAAAUCCAACGAUUCUCAAUUGGAGUUUCUUUACGCGACCACAUCCUCCCCGUCCAACAUCGAGAUCACCGGUAUGCUCGAGAGCACGAGCGUCGGUGAUAUUACCAACUCGGAAGCGGAGAUGGGAGAAAAGGAACAACGACAUCGCGAGUUACUGCAAGAAACGGUGGCCGUUGGAAUAAUGUUCGCUUCGAAGGCUUUCGUUCAAUUGCUAGCAAAUCCGAUCGUCGGUCCUCUUACUCACAAAAUCGGUUAUAGCAUACCCAUGUUCACUGGUUUCAUCAUCAUGUUCAUUUCCACGCUGAUAUUUGCCUUUGGACGAAGUUACGGCAUCCUGUUCUUAGCGAGGGCGCUUCAAGGAAUAGGCUCUUCGUGUUCCAGUGUAUCGGGUAUGGGCAUGUUGGCCGAGAGGUACCAAGACGACAAGGAACGAGGAAACGCGAUGGGUAUCGCGCUCGGUGGUUUGGCCCUUGGUGUCCUCAUCGGACCACCGUUUGGCGGUGUCAUGUACGAAUUCGUAGGAAAGUCUGCUCCGUUCUUGAUACUUUCUGCCUUGGCCCUUGGCGAUGGAAUUUUACAGCUAUUGGUGCUUCAACCGUCUGUCGUGUACACCGAGGCGGAACCACCGUCCCUCAAAUCCCUCAUCACCGAUCCUUACAUCGUUUUAGCUGCCGGUGCCAUCACGUUCGCCAAUAUGGGUAUCGCUAUGCUUGAGCCUAGUCUUCCGAUUUGGAUGAUGGAUACGAUGGGUGCGAGUAGAUGGAAGCAAGGUGCUACGUUUCUACCGGCCAGCAUUAGUUAUUUAAUUGGCACUAAUCUUUUUGGACCGCUCGGACAUAGAAUGGGCAGGUGGUUAGCCUCGUUGAUCGGUCUUGUCGUCAUUGGCAUUUGCCUCAUGUGCAUACCUCUGGCUAGAAGUAUCGACCAUUUGAUCGUACCUAAUGCCGGCUUGGGAUUCGCUAUAGGCAUGGUGGAUAGUUCCAUGAUGCCUGAAUUAGGAUAUUUAGUCGACAUACGACACACUGCCGUUUACGGCAGUGUCUAUGCCAUUGGAGAUGUUGCCUUUUGUUUAGGUUUCGCAAUUGGUCCUGCUUUGAGCGGUACGUUGGUUAACAGCAUCGGCUUCGAGUGGAUGUUAUUCGGAAUUGCCAUUUUAAACUUUAUUUACGCCCCAUUGAUGUAUUUCUUGCGAGCACCGCCAACCAAGGAGGAGAAGAAGUCGUUGAUAAUUGGCGAAAAAUCCUCUGUGCGCUACGUAACGUACCAGAACGAGGAAGAAGAACAAUAA